CCGCCUUUCCUCGUGGCCCAUUCAUUUAAAGUAUGCAUCAGGCACUGCGACAACAGCUUUCAAGGCUGGCGCCUUCACUGCGACUCGCUCUCGCUACCCUCUCCCUGUAACCUGUUCCCCGGAGCCCGUUGUUCGUAAAAACAUUUUCGUUGUCGAGGGAAGGACGGGGGGGUGGAGAGAUCUCUGCAUGGUCACGUGUGACCCUUCCGUCCGCGCAGUCUGAGGCCACUCUCGCUCUCGCAAGGUUUCCCGGCUUUCGAGAGUGACACACAGGCGCGCCGACUCUUCUGCUGCGGCCGCCACCGUCCACGCCUCACAAUGUCCGGCGUGUACACCAAGAAGUCCGUCGAUGACGUGCACGACACUUCGGUGGGCGCUCUACCUUUCAAGUUGCAGCGGAUAGCGGAAGAAGAGCUGGGCGAGACACAAGCUAAGAGACAGGAUGCGCUCGAGAAGCUCACGCAGCUCUUGGAAGCGGAAGCGGAGCUCAACGCAAACAAAGAUCCCAAGUUCCUGCUGCGUUUUCUGAGGGUACGCAAGUACAACGUGGACGGCGCACUUCAAACUAUCCGCAACUACUACCGGAACAGAGCUUCCUGCGUGUCCAUCUUCCGGGACUUCUUGCCGCGGAAGGCACCGCCGGCGGGCCGCAAGCUGAUGAUGGUGAUGCCCGAGAAAGACGUUCGCGGGCGUCCCAUAAUCCUUUGUAAACCAGGUGUAUGGAUGCCGAACGAGCUGCCUUACGCAGACCUUCAGUGCACGUGGCUCAUCUGCAUGGAACACAUUGCGGCCGACCCAGCAGCACAAGUCCUAGGAGUUGUGCUCUUGGUGGACUACGCCGAAUUUACGGCCGACAAGAUCCUCUCGCUGAGCUUCGGCCUCAUCAGGAGAGCCCUGGAAUAUAUCCAGGAUUGCAUGCCGAUGAGAAUGAAGGCAGUGCACAUAGUGAGACAAUCGUACGCAUUCGACAUGUUUUUUGCGCUCAUCAAGCCUUUCAUCAAGGCGAAGCUGGCCGAAAGGUUUCGCUUCCACGGAGACAACUUCGAGAAGCUCCAUGAGGAGAUUUCUCCGAAGACUCUGCCAGAGGAGUACGGAGGCCAAGGACCUCCUAUCGACCACGACGCAUUUUGGAGGCGAGUGGAUGCCGAGUCCAAGGAUUUCGCUGCCGCCAACCGCUUUGGCUACCCCAUGAAAGACCAGGACGAUUUGCCGCCUGACAGUGAGGAACUGAAGCAGGAGCUCACGUCGCUGUGAUUGCAUCAUCAACACUCACAAUCACUCAGUGUGCGGGUGCUGUAAGGCACAACAUUUUACGUGCAUCGCAGCAAGCACCGCAUUUUACGGCAAAAUAAAAUCAGUACGACACUAAUCAGCAGCGCUAGAGUGAAAGAGCACGGAAUCGCGGACAUGUGUUCUUUUCAUUGAAGCAGAACUCCAGCCGGCAAGAAUGAAUAUUCUAUUGCUUAUGAACACAAGAAAUGAACCUAAUGGUUUGUAUGUCACGUAAAAUGUUUUUGUAGCCUCUUUCGGAUUUUUGCUAACUCUAUUCAGGAUCCAACGCUCUAUUGUUUUGCAUCUAAGCAAUUGUACCACUUAAUUUACGAGUUUCGUAUUGCAAGAAAUUUCGUUUGUCCCGAAGGAAAUCGUGGAGGCAAGCUGUGCUUCUUUACAGAAAAAGAUGCACAAGAAAAGCACAGCAAAACUUACACCACAAAAAUGCGCUGCUUUUUUACAUGGCCAUCAAGAAAAAUAUUUUUCGAUAGCAAAACACAGUAUCAUGCGUCACCUAAACUUACCUUCGAGAAUCAACUUCAAGGAAACUCGCUUAGAACUCGCAUGAAGUCAUCGAAUGUACUAAGUACUAGCUAGUAGGAGUGCUUAGCUGGUAAAUAUUUUUGUUACUUUACUCGCUAUCGGUUGUAUAUAGACAACAGCGGCUGUGAAUCAAGGAAUGUGAAGGAGGAAUGCGAUGCGAAUGGUGAACUUGGAACAUUAUGGCUUUCUUUGAUGGGCGCUGGCGCAAAAAGAAUGCACAGUUGAUGGACACAAUUCGUAAGGUAUUUGUACUCAGUGCCUGGUUAGCGCCUUAAUGCAAUGUCAUUCAGUUUCAGCACAGCGCCAAUGUGCACACACAUUAGCGGCUAACCGGCUCUGAGCACUGCCAGCUCCACGCUCUACAAGGUCAGCCUUACUCUUUCUCGUUUUCUUCGUUCCUGGCUUCUACAGAGAGAGGAGAAGGGGCGAGUACAACGUCGAUUGUAGGAAUAAUUGGUAAAGCGCUUCGAAGCCGGUAUAGCCCGAAAUAACUCAAUAUAACUGAAGUUUGCAUAGCUAUUUACAAACUUGCGCCUCCAGGUGGUAUGGAUGAUGCAUAACUAAUGACGCAAAAACUGUGCGCAAACACAGGCUUCGGGAAACGUGUUCGUUAUCCGGCAAAAUGAUGGAAGGAAAUGCCCUGCUAAACUGCGCAAACGUAAGCUUGACAGGGCAAGUACGCCAAAGCCGAAAGAUGCUAUAUCCUUUCCUGUGCACUCGGUGUCAUUAAGAGUCCUGUCUGUAAAACGGUCAUGUCCGUCUCACUUUACAUACGCUUCUGUUUCUUCUUCCUUCAUAUUAUACUCCUUUAAACAAGAACUCAACACCACAACGGUCUAACGUUGUUUUCCGUAAGUUCACUUGCAACUCGCGUCCAAAAUGUGGUCAUUUGCAAAAUGCGUCACGCAAUAACGAAAAAUUGGAGCUAUAGCCGGGGCGCGCUAAGUGAUGUUCGUUUUUCAGAAUCGCACGUUUAGCUUGAGUCAGCGAUUCGGUUGUUUUCAAUAAAGGGGCGCAUGCAGCAUAUGUACAGUCUUGGUCA